GUCUCGAUUUCAAGUUCGCCCUCUUCAAUAUCGAUCAGCUAGACUCUGCUUUUUGAUUGUCUGUCGUUGAAAUGACACCGGAGCCUCCCGGUUACAUGAUGAAAGGGCUAUGUAACCAUAGCCCGUGACAGAUUUGGCUGCUCUUCACCCGCGGUUGUUUGCCAUACACAUGCACAUGUUUUAGUUUCUUUUCCUAUGAAUCACAUCCUCACUUCAACUUACGAAGCACGCAGUUGAUACUGCUCCUUCGAUCUCAUCGAGAACCAAGAAGUACAAGAAAAGAGGAACCAUGAGCAACAAUCAACAACCCCAGUCACCCCGUCAUUGGCAUGGCACUGUCGGUGAUCGCUACGAGCAUCUCAAUGUCUGGGUGCGAGGAGGUCCUCCUGAGACCUACCGUCGGCCUUCGAUCCCUACUACCACCGCUGCCACUGCCACUUCCGACAGACGCGGCUCUGAUUCAUCGGAUAUGUCUUCCAACUCUGCCAAUUUGAGCAACAGCCCUCCCAGCGUGGGGGAUAGAAGACGCUCAACUGGCCAUGGCGCGUCCAGCCUAUUUGAGAGUCUGACAAGCCAGAAGCGCAACUCUACGGACCAGACUUUCAAUACACGCCGUGAAAGCUGGAACGAGCAGGGACAGCAGGGCGGUUUGUUCGCCAAGUGGUGGGAUGGAUACACGAGAGGAGGUAGUAAAUAAUCCCAACUAAUUCCCUUCUUUGACGAAAUGCUAUGAUAUUGGCGAAGUUGGUUGUGAGGGGCCAGACCCCUCUGUGUUUUGUGCAAAUAUUGUUGAUAUUUAAGUCAGGCGACGUAUAGCUAUGCUAUCUCGACGAAGUUGUGUUGCAUGUACGUAUGAUGACUGCUGUAAUAGUCAACAAACAUAAUUUGACUAGCGUUUGCUUGGUGGCAUAUUCGUAUUGUAAGGGAUUGUAGAAUGCGGG